UUCCGCCCGAACUGCAUGCCCCCAAUCAAAAAGCGAUGACCAUAAAAUUGACGCACGGGAAAUAGCGAAACACAAUCAGAAUAUCAGAAUCGGCUCCAUCAGCAAGCACCCACCAUGUUGGGACUGGAGACUAUCAAUUAUCGCAAGACUUUGGAAGGUGAAUAUCUGUACAACAGAACGAAGAAGAAGAUGAGACGAAAGUUCCAGUCGAUACUGGUUGGUUCCAUUAUCGCUUCUGCUACCAUUGUGGGAACUGUGACAGCAUUCGUGGCGAUCCGACAACCAGGUACCUCAGUAUGUCUCUGGACCAACCAAAGGCCCUGCCGUCCAUCUGUACUAUCACAAAAGAAGGCAACACAACCUCCUGCUAGAAGGCAGGAACAGCAACAGAAAAAGGCAGCUUCUAUUCAGUCCAGCUCGUCCUCCUCGGCUACCCCUGCUUCCAACACUGCCUCCACUACGGGUACUCCCGAUUCCACCCCUAUGACGUUAUUCGCCAUGGACCCUUCCGCCUCUGCCUCUGCUGCAGAAACUAUUGUUCUGAGCGACUAUACCGGUGCUGCUUCCGCCUUGUUCAACAAUAUGAAGACACCCGCUUCCAUCCUGGCCGCGGGAAUGGUAUCCUUGGGCUUUCUGGCUCCUUUUCGACAAUGGACCGACGUGGAGCAACUUCAUGACCCAGGGCUGUACACAACCAUUGUACGCGCCAAACGAGCCUACAUUCUCGUGACUCUUGUUUCCUUUUCCAGUGAACUCCUCGCCGUGAUUUGGUCGACAGUAGCUGUGAACCAGUUGACCGAGACCGUAGUGGCACCCUCGGCGACGGUCUGGGCACUCUUGGAAAGAGACUUUGAUCUGGCAUGGGCAGCGACCAACUCGCACUUUUGUCUCGGAUUGCUCGGGUUCAUGUACAUGAUUGGGAUUCGAGGAUACGUCAUGCUCCUCGUCGAGGGAGCCUCUCAAACACUCAUUGCAGCCGCCUUGACGGGUGUCUCUUCGGCACUCUGCCUCAUGGUCAGUGUCAUUAAUCGAGGUGUCGCUUCGGGGGGAGGUGAAGGAGUGGGAUACGGACAGAGUAUUCUCGAUCUAUUUGCGCACUACAUCGUGCUGCUCUAUCAGCAAGCGACAAAUUCCAAUUCUUAUGGGCCGUUGGAAAUGACCGCCAUUGUUCUCCAAGUAUCUUCAAUCUGUCUGGUCAUGAUUACUGUCUUGAAUACGCUCGCUCCAAAAAACAAGGAUACUACAACCAACAAAACCGCUGAAGUGGCAAACACAAACAAAAGCGCAUCAGACCCCAACAGCAACAAGUACGUCAAGGGAGACAGUACAACUCCCACGGUAUCAUCUGAAGUGUCUCAAGAAGAUAACUUUAGCGACGACUUGACCGCCACUUCCGUUGCGUCCAGCAUGAUGCAAGAGUCUCCAAUGCGGCUCCAGCAAUCACAACAAUCCAGCAACCAAGGUUACGCACAAACCGACCGCGUGACCAGUGUUUCGUUUGCCUCCAAUAGCCAACUCGCUAGUAGCCCGCCUGCUUCUCCUUCCAAGAAUAGUACCCCCGAUAAACCAAGACAACCAAAGAGAAAAAAGCAAGAGGCCAAACUCCAACAGUUACGCCAAACUCGAAGCGAGGAUGACCAAUUGGUCGAUGGAUUCCGGACCGAAAUGGAAAGUGACAUUGAUGCGGGGAAUCGGCUGCUGCAGGAAAUCGGUGGACCUCCACUCCCAUUAUCGCCCAUCUUUGAUAGCUUCGAUGCGGUGAGAGAAAGGGACGAGGAAUACGAUGAUGACGAUGGCGAUGACGACAACAAUCGUUUCGGUCUAGGGGACUGCAAAUCCCUGUAGGGAAGGGUGCAGUUCAAUCAGUUCUUGUUUUCAUUAUUUUAAUUCAAUAGCUAGCUACAAUUCAUCUCAUGAGAGCAAAAAGCCCCAAGGAAGCACAGCUACUGU